AUGGGAUCAGAUCAAUGUAGAAAGAGGCAAAGGAAGGUUCUGACGGCUGAAGACAUUGCAGCAAAUAGAGAGGAGGAGGCAAAAUGUCAACGAGAAAGAAGAGCAAGAAUUAAACAAUUGAAUAAUUUUGGAACUUCAAGCUCAACUAUCGUUUCAGAAGAGGAGAACAUCGAGGACACCAUAAAUGUUGAAGAAGGAAACAAAAUAGAACCAAAUUUAGGUGCAUCUUCUAAUCCAUUAUUAGAUACAAGUAUGUCUUCACAACCCCAUGAUUAUUCUCAUGAACAAAUUGGUGAUUUAGUAGAAGCGGGUUACUCAUUAAAUCAAAUCCCAAUUGUUGAAGUCUAUUGUAGAGUCCAAAACCUCUUAGAUGAUGUUGAUAGGAUCCAAUUAGCUACUCUUCGGUUAGGAGGUACAGCUCUAACCUGGUGGGAGAUUAGAAUUCGGGAUGGGUCUUCACAACAUGGUAAAAUCAAUUUAACUUGGUCAGACUUUGUUAAUGCUCUCAAGAAGCAAUUCUAUCCCCUAGGCCAUAUGCAACAGUUAAUGAUGAACUGGCAACUUUUUAGGCAAGGGAAAGGUCAGUCUGUCCAGGAUUACACCCAUGAAUUCAGAAAGAAGGCUAUUGCAUUAAAUGUUCCAUUGUAUACCCAGGACACGUUGCUUAAGUACAUAGGUGGUCUUCACUCUUAUCUAAGACAUUCAAUUUUGGUCUUGAAUCCUAGUAACUUAGAUGAAGUUUGUGUUCAAGCCACACACCUAGAGUCAAGAGCCAAGGGUUCUUUUAUUGAUAAAUCUAAUAAGAAGCCAUCUAAGUCUGAGAACAAAUCCCAAAACAAAGGGAAGGGGAAAAAGACAGCUACAAUGAAGAAAGAGGGUGAAAAACCCACAUGCUCACAUUGCAAGAAAGAAGGGCAUGAUGAUUCUAGGUGUUGGAAGCUGCACCCUAAAAAGAGGCCAAAGAGAUAUGGUGGAAACAAAGACAAACAAAAGAUUGCUGCUAUAGUUCAACAGGAUAUUGGAUCUGACUCUGGAGAUGAGACAAAGAUCGUUGCUACCGGAAUCCAAGGUAAAGAAAAAGGUAGAUCUCUCUCAUCAGCUACAAGUUCUUCUAAUAUAAGUGCAAGUACAAGUAAAGAUUCUACUCCUAAGAAUGAUAAGCAAAGGAAUGAAUUAUUUCAUAUUCGGGUUGUUGUCAAACAUACUAAAGUUGAUACAUUAUUUGAUACGGGUUCUCAAGUUAACUUGAUAUCUGAAGAAAUUGCUAAAAAGCUUAACUUGACUACAAUACCUCAUCCGAAACCAUACCCUCUGGGAUGGGUUUGCAAUGAUGCACAAUUGCAAGUAACUAAACAAUGUAAGAUAAGAUUUGCUAUCACUGCAAAAUUUGUAGAUGAGGUAGAAGCUGAUGUAGUCCCUUUAGAGAUUUGUGGUCUUGUACUUGGGAGUCCCUAUUUGUAUGAUCAACAGGCUAUCUUCUAUAGAGGGGAGAACAAAUACCAUCUUUUUAAAGAUAAGGUUGAAUACAUUGUACGGGCACAUAAGGUAAAGAGUAAUCUUGCACUAGUUAAUGCUGGUCAAAUGAAAAGGUUAGUCAACUCUAGUAAGAACUUUUUAUUAAUGCUUGUAAAAGCCAAAGAGGAAGAAACAUCUGAGGCAUUUAAAAGAUGUGAUCCUAAACAUAAGGCUGAAAUGGUCAGAGUUGUUUCCGCUUAUGAUGACUUGUUUCAGGAACCAAAAGGAUUGCCUCCUAAGAGAGAGAUACAACAUGAGAUCCAGUUGCAGCAGGAUGUGCCACUUCCAAACAUUGGCAUGUACCGAUUAUUAGUCUUGCAAAAUGAAGAGAUCAAAAAGCAGGUUCAAGAGUUGGUUGAGAAAGGAGUUAUUCAUCCUAGUACAUCUCCUUGCGGUUCUCCUAUUGUGUUGGUUCCAAAGAAAGAUGGGACUUGGAGAAUGUGCAUUGACUACAGGGCUCUGAAAAAGAUAACGGUAAAGAACAGGUACCCUCUUCCUAGAAUUGAUGAUUUACUUGAUCAGUUGAAACAUGCAAUUUAUUUCACUAAGUUAGACUUGCGUAGUGGAUAUCAUUAG